AUGCCUCCUCAACUACUCCCAGCCUCCGCGGCGGCUUUCGCACCCAGAGCAUCUUCUGUCAACGUUGUCCUGGGUUCAAAGGUUGAGCCAUGGUUGACUCAGACUCUCAAGCGGAUCAACCGGAUCAAGCGACCUCUCAACAGCGUACCGCAACACCAAAGAUGUCUGACCGAGACUCUGUCUUCGACAAAUGCUAUUUGGACCCUGGCGUCCCUGAUGGUGGCCAAAGCUCCAGACUCGGAACUGAGGAAGGACUCCAACCCCUUGGUAGAAGCUCUCUUCAACUACCAGCUCAUCCACGUUGAGGCCUAUAUCGUCCAUGUGGAUAUGGUUCUAAGAAACGAGGUCGCCUACAAGCUUACUCCGGACACCAUUGAGUCACUUAUUGAGUAUCACAAAGACAUUCACUGUGUCAAUGCAAAAGCAAGCACCUACGACUGGUCAGAGAAGGAGCAGCAAUGCAAGAAGCUUCACGAGGACUUCAUCCAGGCGAUCAACAAGUUCGUGUACCGGACCCAUGUUUCCGCCCUGGAGGGCCUUGAGGAAGAUGGAGCAGGCGAAUUGCUCUGCGGCGACGACCACUUCAAGUAUACCAGCCCCUGUGGAUGCUUGGAGAGUGUUGCCAUCAAGUCCAAGCGUAACAUCCACCUCGGCGGAUUCAAGUGCCACCAUCUGGGCCAAUAUGGCGAUGGGCGAGGUCCAUCUCCCUUCUCCUCCAACGCCGUCUUACAGCCAGCCGUACUCUUCCGCAGGGAUUUUCUACAACUCACCCGUCGUGACAGCGCCUAUUCCGCACCUGCCACUACCUAG